AUGAUCUACGUCAACGCAAACAUCAUCACAGUGAAUGAGAAAUUUGAUGUCAUCGAAAAUGGUGCCAUAGCUGUCAAAGAGGACAGAAUUGUUGCCAUUGGUCCAGUGGAUCAGGUUGUUCUGGACUUUCCAGAGGAGGCUCAAUGUGACUUGAAGGGCCAAAUUGUGAUGCCUGGUCUUAUCUCCUUGCAUGUCCACUUGGCCCAAUCUCUUUUGAGGACAGCAGCGGACGAUUUAGCCUUGAUAGAGUGGCUCUGUGACCGUAUUUGGAGAAUGCAAGGCUGCUUCACGGAAGAAGACGGAUACGUUGCUUCUCGUUUAACCAUUGCAGAAAUGUUGAAGUCGGGAACUACCACGUUCGUGGAAUCUCUAUUUGCCGAGAGAUAUGGCUUCGAAGGUGCAGUUAAAGCGGUGACUGAAUCUGGAAUUAGAGGUUGUUUGGGAAAGGUGGUAAUGGAUCAGCCACGUUAUGCCACUCAGGAGGGAAUCACAAUGCAUCCUGGUCUCGUAGAGGAUGAAAGGUCCUUAUCAAACGCAGUGAACUGUUUCAACAAGUACAAUGGUACAGGAGAUGGAAGAGUUGAAGUUUGGUUCGGCGCCAGGACACCAGGCGGUGUUUCCGAAGAAUUGUAUCGUGAAAUGGUGAAGAUUGCCAGGGAAAACGACAUUGGCGUGACAAUGCAUUGCGCUGAAGUUAAAGCCGACCGGGAGUUCUUUGCUUCAAAAGGUCAUUCACCCAUGUCUUAUUGUAAAGACCUUGGUUUACUUGCACCACGCACGGUUCUUGCCCAUAUGGUGCACUUGGAUGACACUGACAUUGCAAUAUUGAAGGAUACUGGAGCUUCUGUAGCUCACUGCCCCACCUCAAACGCCAAACUUGGAAGCGGGAUUGCUCGUGUGAAGGAACUUUUGGAAGCUGACAUUCCGGUCGGUCUUGGAUGUGAUGGCUGCCCUUGCAACAAUGUCAUGGAUCUUUUGCAAGAGAUGAAGUUGGCCUCUAUCCUCCCUAAGGCACUUCACGGUGAUCCGUUACUAGUUCCUGCCAAAAAAGUCAUCCAGAUGUCCACUAUCAUAGCGGCCAAGGCUUUGGGUAAAGACCACGAAAUUGGCUCUUUGGAAGUCGGUAAAAAAGCUGACUUUAUUACCAUCAAUUUAACAGAUAAGCUUUACGCACAGCCGAUGCGUGAUCCAGUGUCAAUGGUUGUCUACAUUGCGACAGGUGCUGACGUUGAUACUGUUGUUAUCAACGGGAAGGUUGUAGUUAAAGAAAGAAGUCUUUUGACCAUGGACGAGAAAGAGAUCAUCAAAGACGCAAACAUACAUGGAGAAGAAGUACGGAAAAGAGCCAACUGCUAG